AAGGGAGAAAAGGGACGAUGGAAUUUCAAUUUCUCUUUUCAACGCCAAGCUAGAAAAAGCUGUGAAGACACGGAGAGAGAUUCGAACUCUGAAUCUCAGACGGAAUCUCCAUCGGCGGUGUCGGAGCUAAUAAGUUCGCUUGAACACUCACACUCUGCAAGGGACUCAGUGACGCACCUGCUGACUUCUCCUCCCUACGUAUUCGUGGCCUCUGCGUCAUCCUCAAGUUCCUCCGAUCCGUUGCCGUGUCCGAUGCUACAAUCAACCUCUUCUGUCACAUCCAAUCCAUUCCCGAUCUUCAAGUACAGAGGACCAGAGUGUUACCAGAGCUAUGCAACAGUGGUUCAAGUUCUUUUUAGACAUUUCUUGAGAGAUACAGAGGACCAGAGUGUUACCAGUCUAGACCACAUAUUCACUGUGGAAUCUAUGGAAAUAACCAGUCCGUCAACUGAUUCUGAAAUUUCUCUAGCACUUAGAGUUCUGGAAGGUUGUUGUCUGAUUCAUUGUGAGAGUAAUGUUUUGGCCCAUGAGUACAAGGCAAUCCCGGUGUUGAUGAACAUACUGUCGACUCAGUACUGGGACGAGGAGCUUGCUUGGAUGCUUUAAUUGCUAUAAUGCUGGAUUCAUCUGCAAAUCAGGCGGUAGAUAUCUUUUCUAUUGACUCAUCAUUGACAGAAGUGGUCUAGAACUAGUUUUUUUGUUACCUGUAAUACUUAUUUGAAAAGAGUUUGGUAGGAGAUUUUUUCUAUAUUUAGUUAGUAUUGAGGAAAUCAUCCAAAAAAAGUCUAUAAUAAGUGGCCGCAUCUGGAUAUGUUUCCCACAUUUGCAAAGUGACACCUGUUUAAAAAAUUCAUAGUGCAUUAAA